AUGGAUGAUAACGAGGAUGACGGGUAUGAAUGUAUCUCUUACUCGGCGUCAUCCCAGUCGUGUACAACCUGGGCACUCCAUCGGGCUAUCUUGAUCGAGCCCCGUGAAACACCGACAACGGAGCAGGCAAAUACCUUCAUCGACACACUCUACGAAUCCGGUGUACCGUUCUUCACCAAGCAUGCAAUCAGAGAGCUCUCGGAUCAGAUUCAGACUCAAACCACUGCGGGGAGUAAGAUAAUAAUCAAGGACCUCACCGGCGCUUCGCUCGAAUGGAAAGUGAAAGUCGGACAGCCUCCCUGGCUCGGAGCCGGCGGGAAUGAAUUUAUUUACAAAGAAGUUGGGAUAAAUUACAGAGCCAAAGUACACCUCAAAAGUGACUUGGACCGGGAGGAAGUCGAUGAUUCAGUUUACGUCCCCAUGGGCUUGAUGCACCGGGUGUUUCAGGUCGACAGCAGCAGUGAGAACAAGAAAAUCAUAUAUGACACGACUAUUGAAGAACACGAAGUUGUCGACCAGGAUUUCCGAAAGAAGCGGUUGGCCUGGGAAGAGAGCGAGACAUGCAAGAAUUUCAAAUCAACUUUGUCUUCAUUUGCCAGCGGCCACGAUAUUAACAAGAUCAUCGGUCUCGCCUGUGGUAGCCUAGCCAUGCCAAACAACGACGGUGCUGCGUCCCAGACUGCGUUGCUGGUCACCCUUAGGAGCUGGCUGAAAGAGAGAGACCAGGACAAAAACGUAUCCUGUUACAUCCAGGACCCGAUGAACACCCCUGUCGAUAAAGAGGUUCUUGCCGAUGUCGGAUUCGAGAUGGUUGAUGAUCCACGCGGCUGGCUUGAGGUCGAUGAGUGUUCAGUUGUGCUCUCGGUGGCACCCAAUGUGCCCGUCAAGGAAAUUAUCGCGGAUAUCGCUAGACCUGCCAUUUUGAUAUGGUAUCGCGUUGGGGACGACGAAGAAGAGAUGACCGACCCUAACUCGGCCCGGGUUAGGGCAAUGAUGGAAGGUUAUGAUUUACAUGAGCUUGGACCUGACGAGACAUGGUCGGAUGUGGUGAUGUAUAUCCGGAAGUCUGAGGUUGCCCCAAUUCCAAGUCAAGAUGGCACAUUCUAG